AUGCCAUCCAUGUUGCGAAAAAUUGAGGUCGAGCAUGACAAUGGACUGUCGAACAAGGAGUUGUUCCUCACCAACCAUGACUUGAAGAUCGUCGAGCCGGAGCGGCGUCAGUGGAGAGCUUUCAACUUUGUCGGCUUCUGGAUUGCCGACUCGUUCAACAUCAACACAUGGAUGAUCGCUGCUUCUUCGCUUGAUGUUGGCUUGUCAUGGUGGCAAGCCUGGAUUUGUGUCUGGUAG